UUCCCAAAACGAGGACUUAUACUGACUACUAUAUCACCAGGAAAACAGUUGACUUAAUUAACUGCUAACAGAGAGAUGUCCCAGACACCCGAUACAUAUAAGGGGCAGAAUGUUGAGAUCCUUGUCAACGAAGGAAGCACCAUGAAAGAACCUGAAAAUACAACUAAUGACCAAGGAAUGAUGGAGGCGUCUAGCCAGUCAGACAGUUCAACAUGUCCAGUGGUUAGUACUACGACUCGAGAACAAUCCUUACCUGAAUGUUUGGUCACCAUGAAAACCUCCAGCGAGACUUUGACAAAUACAACACUUGAUGAAAAAUCUCUGGAUGAAGAUGCUGUUUUGAUGAAAGAAGAAAGUUUACGAGUUACCCCAGGAUCAUGUAAGUUCAAGGAUGGAGACACUGCAGUUACCCCACGACUCAGUGAGGUGACAAGUGUUAAGACCCCAUCAGCUAAUAAGGUCAAGGAUGAGGUGUCUGUCAGUGCCCGACCACCCAGCAGAGUCAUGGUAAAACCUAAUAAUAUUAGAGGUGAGGGUUCUGUCAGCACUCCAAGUAAGGAACAACAACAGAAGCAGCAUGAGGGUUCUGUCAGCACCCCAAGUAAAGAACAGCAACAGAAGGAAGAUGCUAUGGAUUCUAAAAGUGUUGGUGUGGCAGAAGGUGGAGGAAGACAUUCUCUAUCAACUGUUAUAAGAGUACAUCAUGGCGAUGGACAAGUCAUUACAUUUAGGCUGAGGGGCGCAAAUGCAGGACAAGGCCCUCCCCAAUUCUUCGGCCCACCACCUCCUGGUCCUCCUCCCCAGGGCUAUGUACCACCUUACCAACCUCCUCCGCAGUAUGCCCCUGUCAUGUCACCGCCUCUUGCCCAACCAUCACCACCACCAAUUUACAGCCAGAAGCCUGAACGUCAUAUGCGUCAAUAUGACAAACCAAGAACAAAGUAUUACCAGCGGCAGCCACACCAGCACCACAACAAGUCUGAGACCAGUAGCCUCCAUAGUACUCCACCGCUCUCUCCAAAGAAAGAACCUCUUGUUAGGAAAAAUGGUGGAGAGGAAGAAAUUCAGACAGAGGAUGGAGAGGACCCUAGAAAUAGUCUCCAACACCUCCUCUCUCAGGUUAAGCCACCUAAGGUGAUUAAUGUGAUGCCCCAUGAAGCUGUUAUCCAGUGGCUGGCUCCUGAUUUGUGUGGCCUGCAUGAUGACACCCCAGUCUCUGAACUACUGUAUGAGGUCUUCCUAAAUAACAACUCGUACAUGUCCAUCCCUGCCACGCAACUUACAAUUAGUGGACUCAAACCUGCUACUGAGUAUAGGGUCUAUUUCCAGUGUUUAUGUGGUACUGUGCGAGGGGAUUCUAGUGGUGUUACAGUUUUCCAAACACACUCUACUGUCCCAGAUGCUCCCCAGCUGCCAAAAAUGAAUCACAGAUCAAAAACUUCUCUUCAGUUCAGAUGGUUUCCUGUGAAAGAAAAUGGAUCUCGUGUGACUGCAUUUAUUCUUGAGUUGUGUGGGAACAGUGGAGAGUGGACAGAAGUCUACAAAGGACGGCAAAAACAACAUACUAUUGUUAAACUUCAACCACACACACGCUACCGAGCGCGUGUUUCUGCAGUCAAUGAACAUGGCAAGAGCGAGUACAGCCCCGAGUGUGUAGCUUGGACGAAUGGUGUGGUGCCCUCCCAACCUGCUCCUCCUGUCUUAGAGCAAGCAUCUGUUACAUCUCUAAGUCUUGGCUGGAUCAAGAGACCCAUGGAGGAAUUGUACACCUUGCAGAUGGAGGACUCGUUAAAUAGCUAUGGUUUCAUUGCGGUUUACAGUGGCCCGGAGACAAGAUUUACCUGUCAUGACUUAAGGAGAAAUGCGGAUUAUAAGUUUAGAUUAUGUGCCCGGAACGACGAAGGUACAUCACCAUUCUCGGACAUUGUCUGUUACCCGACGCUGCCAGACCGGCCAAAGCCCCCAUCCUCCCCGACUGUUAAGGGUCGACCGAAGUCUACCAAGUUGACGCUUACCUGGACUCCACCAGCUGAUCAUGGGGGUUCUCCCAUAACUGUCUAUAGAGUAGAAAUUGACCGUGGCACUGGAUUUGAGUGUAUAUAUUCUGGAGAAAGUGUCGAGACAGAGUGUACAGAUUUGAGUCCAGGGAUGAGCUACCGUGUUCGACUACUGUGUGAAAGCCCAGGAGGACAGAGUGAUUGGAGUGACACUGCCAUCGUGACCACUGAGGCCAUAUGUCCUGGGGUGUGUCAACCUCCUCGGUUAUUGGGCAAACCUAAAGCUUCCUUAUUACAGCUCAAGUGGGGUCAUCCGGAAUAUGAUGGUGGAGCGCCUGUGACCGAGUUCCGCAUUGACAUGAUGUCUCCAGACAACGACAGAAGACAGGUGUACUGUGGACGAGAUCUUGAAUGCACUGUUGCUAGCCUUUUACCUGGUCGACCGUAUAUCUUCCUGGUGAGAGGUGUAAACCGCAUGGGUCCAGGGCCGUGGUCUGAACCUCUGGAGGUGGUGAGUGGCGCUGGGCCUCCCGAUGCUCCACACGCACCUCAUCUAGCUUGUCGCAGCCCUUAUUCUGUGCACUUGGCAUGGGAAGAACCUAUAAACAAUGGAGCUGGGAUUGAUCAGUAUAAUGUACAGAUUGCAGAGGUAUCUUGCCCCCAUGCCGAGUCCUCGGAGUCAUCUUCAACUUGUGGUGACAUGGAGUCUGAACUGACUUUCAACAGUGCAUACACUGGGUCCUCCACUACUACUGAAGUGCGUAACUUGGCUCCUGCUACAACCUAUGCUUUCAGAGUGUGUUGCAGUAACAGUGCAGGAGUUGGUCCUUGGUCCUCACAUGCAACAGUGACGACCCCUGCUGCCCCCCCUGCACCAGUUGCCUACAUCUCCUCCUCCCCAGCUGCCACAGCUGUUACAUUGCUGUGGGGAGAGCCUGCCAACCAUGGUGACCCCAUUACUCACUAUGUAAUAGAAGUGGGCGAUAGGACAGUCACCACGCCAGGACCAGAGACGGAGUAUACACUCAACGAUCUUCAGCCUGAAACCUUGUAUAGAAUACGAAUCCAAGCCACGAACAGUGUAGGUCCUGGAGGAUUCAGUGGAAUUCACAAAAUAACAACGAGACCGCUGCCUCCUGCCCCGCCCACCCUAGAGCUCGUCAAAGCUUCCUACAAUUCCCUCAAGCUCAAGUGGGGUGAUGGACGUAACUUGGACAUGUUGACGUAUUCUCUUCAGAUGGAAUUCACUAAUCCUCACAACGGUACCAGAGAGUUCUAUCAGGUGUAUAGUGGCACAAAUCAGAACUACAAGGUGGUGAGGCUAGAGGAGAACACUGCAUACCAUCUUCGUAUCUGUGCCAGCAACGAGGCGGGUGUUGGACCUUAUUCUGCUGUGGCUCAUCUCUCAACUACUAAGGCCCCUCCUCCUCCUCUUAAAGCUCCUCGUGUGACGGAAAGUCCAGAAGGAAGCCACGUUGUUGAAUGGUGCAGUGCGCGUUGUCCAGGUGAAGAUUCCAUUGUAUAUCGUCUUCAGGUGCUACAAGCUGGCAAGGAUCAGGACUACUCUCUGGUGUACACUGGAAGUGAAACCUCAUAUGCACUGACAGGUCUGGAGCCUCACACAGGGUACUAUGUUCGUGUUUGUGGGGUUCGAGUCUGUGGAGAUGGAGAGACGAUGGCUGGUGCUUAUUCUUCCCCAGCACUCUUCAACACCCCAAAGCCAGCUCCAGUAACUACUACUAAGACCUCUGCAAACACCACCCAGGAGGUGGGACUGCAGUGGCACAAUCUCAGUGAUCAACAAAAGGCUGCUGCCAUCUUGGUUGUUUUUUCUCUUUUCUGUGCCAUUGCUGCCAUCGGCCUGCAUCACUUCUUGGCCCCUGACCCUGCACGGUAACCCAGCGAUAAGAUAUAAUUUCAGGUUUUUAUUUUUAUGAGGAAAACUACCCAGAUUUAUACUGCAAUGAUCCCAAGAGCCUAGGACCCACAAUUGUAGCCUAAGGCACAGGUGUGGUUGGUGCACAGUGAACGAGUUUAAUGCAAGACACAGCAGCCGCUCCUGUACCUCUCACUGUAGUCUGUAAAGGUUAGCUGGAAACCUGACAAAUAACCAAUGUUAAAGCAGCCUCUGGACUUGUGGUUUUGUACAAGCAGUCUCUGUAUUUUUCCCAAGUGAGUGUGAAAUGGUACAUUGCAUUCAGAUUGUAAUUUUACAGACAUUUAAAGGUAUAUCAUAUGCUUUUACAGAUGGUCUUUUUAUACAAAUAUAUUCUUUUCCCUUUCUAAUGUGUAUUCUCUGGAAAAGAUUUUAGUACCAAAGUAGUUGAGAGAUUAAUAUGUAUUAAAGCAGUCAAAUCAUACAACUUAUCUGGUAUGAGUGCUUUAGUAACUCCUUGAGAAAUUUAAUAAGGCUGUGUGUGCACAAUAUAAAUUACUGUUGUUGCUGUAUGUACCAUUUUACUCUCACUCAAUACAAUAAGGUGCUGAGUUAUUUUGUGCAGUUGCAAAACCCUGCUUCCCAAAGUGUAUUUUUAGCAAACUACAUUUGCUUGAUAUUCUGUGCUGCCUGAUGUGUUGUUUAUGAUGUUGUGAAAAUUAGUUUUAUAUAGUAGACCUGAUUUAUAAAAUUUACCUUAGUAAAAAAAAAAAGUUAUAUUUUCUCUGCAGUUGUCCCAGGUAAAUCAUCACACAUUCCGUGAACUGAAAUCUCCACAUUUAGAUGUUCAUUUCUAGUUUAAGUUUUAAGUUACCCACACAUUGUAAUAAUGGACCAAAAUAGCUGCCACUGAUAGUAUUUGUAUACCCCCAUACGUACUUAGGAUGGAACUGAUAUCCCUUGUAAACAGUUAAAGCAUGGCACCUGGGUUCAGUUGAUUGUUUGUGUUGUUUCCACUGCCUCUGGAUGCUAAAUGUUGCAACACUGGUGCUCAAUAGUGGUUGGUGUGCUGUCCCUGUGCUCAAGUGGAAAGUUCACUCACAGGUCGCAUCUGGUUCAGCAGCAUAGCUGCUUGUUCAGCCAUGUUAGAUAUCACAGUAUUUUUCCGUGUGCUUUAUUCCUGUCGGUGCAAUAAGUGGUGGAUACUUCUAUGUCAACAGUAUUUAGCUCCAGGGCAUUAUUUUCCAUAAAGGAUGAAAAGGGAAGCUUGGAUGCUGUUUAAAGCAGAUUCACUGAUGCAACAAGCCACAUUUGUCUCAACAGGAUAGCUAUGAGACAAAGUGCUUUCCCACUUCCCAUUUAGAAUUUUCUCGCACAUUAUUUAAAACGAAUGGAAGUGGAGGGUUGGGUUAACAAUAUUGCUCUCUGGUUUAUUGGUUUUUGCCUGCCAUAGGGAAGCAGGGCAUCAUCUCUUCUUCAUAGCUCCUUGGGUCUUAGGCCCAGACUCUCCAAAAGCACUGACAUGAAUCUAACCAGUCAUAUCCUCUGUAAUGAUACAAGAGCCAAUCGAGCUUUUUCCUUAUUGAAGGAUUUAGGCUAGUUAAAAUAACUGGUUGUUAAUGGAAGUUACAGUUACAUGGUACUAAGCAUCCAAGAAAGGUUGCAAGAAACCAGCAUUAACCUCAUGGAUGUGGUGUUGAUGUGUCCAGGCAGAUCUAAAUGGUUAUACCAGACUGUGAUGUCGUCCCAAGUUGGAGAGUUCGUACAUGAACUUUCUUGCUUCAUUUCCUAUUGGGAGUGCAACUUAGAUGGGGAGAAUAGUGUCCAAACCAUAUUUUGUAAGUUGGUAUCCCUAUAUAUAUAUAUAUAUAUAUAUAUAUAUAUAUAUAUAUAUAUAUAUAUAUAUAUAUAUAUAUAUAUAUAUAUAUAUAUAUAUAUAUAUAUAUAUAUAUAUAUAUAUAUAUAUAUAUAUAUAUAUAUAUAUAUAUAUAUAUAUAUAUAUAUAUAUAUAUAUAUAUAUAUAUAUAUAUAUAUAUAUAUAUAUAUAUAUAUAUAUAUAUAUAUAUCUCAAAUUAUUCAGUAAAUCAUAAAAUUAAGAAUAAAAAUUAUUUUAUAUGAAUCAAAGUAUGAUAUUGUAUGUAUUGCUAUUCUGUAACUGGUAUUGGUAGCUUGCUUUCUGAUUUGAUGCGGUGUUUGUAUUACAGAAUUCCUUCAUACAUAGUGUUUGAAUGUUAUAACCAUUGCACAAUUUUAUGGUAAACCUCCAAAGAUGUAUUUAGGAUUUAUACUUAUGACAUGCAGAUAAGGGGUUUUCAAAACUGAUUUUGGACAAAUUAAUUGCUAAAAUGUAUUUGGUUCUUUGGAACCUCCUGUCUUUAGCAAAAAGGAAGUUAAUCAUGAUUCUUUCCAUGUGAUUGAUUGGAAAAGUUGUUGACAUGAGUCAUCCCAAAGUGAAAGUGGCUAAUUAGGGGGGAAAUGAUUAUAGUAUGUACAGUAUUAUAAAAAAUGAAUAAAAUAACACUCGGCAUCACAGAUUAAUUAUUUGCAAAAAUAUGGAUGCAAGAGACUCAGUAUCCACAAACAUCAGAGAGAGAGAGAGAGAGAGAGAGAGAGAGAGAGAGAAAAAGAAUAAUUGAUAAAUACUGGGCAUCAUUCUUGCUGUGAUAUUUACAAGGUGUUUGGAAGCCAUUAUUGAUUUACUGACAAAAUACUAAAAUUUGCAUAUGUCUGGGAUAAAGGUUGCUGCUCACUUUGGGAUGGACAAGUCAGUUAAAGACUAAAUUGAAAUUAGUCUAAUUGUACUGUUCCACUUGUGAGUUGGACUGUCAUCUUUCUUGGUCAGCCACAUUUUCUUGGAUUUGUGGUUGGUGGGGAGUCUGUGCCAGAAUGGAGUCGUAAAUGCUGCCAAUUAUUUAGGUUGUCAGAUAUUGUAAUUACUGUAGUACACAACCUUGACGAUGGAGACACAGGGGAAGAUGAUGGUCCAAUUGCUGGUUAGGUAGAGGUAGUCUUGCACCUUGUUGCCGUUUUGUUCACUUUAGUUCAUUGUUUUGGCCCUCAAGUAUAUUUUUGGAUAUGUGACAAUUAGUAUUCUAAGACUUUGUGUACCAUAGCCUUGUGUAAGUAUAUCAUAAAAAUAUUCUUUAUACAUAAUAGUACUAUAAGUAAAAAUGUAUACUCUCAUAUUGCCUGCAGAUAUGAAUUAUAUUCUAUAUAUUA